UUAAAUUUAAAAAAAAAGAUACUCAGACAGCAGUCAUCUGCACAAACAACGAAAACCAACAAGAAGAGCAACAUGAGUGUUACAAACAAAAAUCGUUAAUAACAUUAGUUUCAAUUAGCACACCUCCUAAGUAGCAGCUUCGACCAUCAGAGUGUUGUUAAAUCAGUAGCACACAGCUCGGAGAUGAUGAAGCCUCGCGCCGUACGCAGUCGAAUUCGACAGCAGGAACUGAAUCCGGUAUUCCACUGGCAGAACAAGACGGAAGAUGAUAAAGUGCUGAGCAAGACGAAGAUCAAGCAAGCGCUCAAAUCGGGUGUGUUGAAUCUUGCGGCACAGGGAUUGGCCACGGUGCCGGAGAAGGUGUGGAAUCUGAGUGACUCGGAGGACUGUGAUAACAAGGAUGUCCGGUACGAUUUGGAUCGAUCCAACGAAGAAGAGAGCUGGUGGCAUCAGACAACGUUGACCAAUCUGGAUCUCAGCUCGAAUUCGCUGACCUGCAUCAGUGAAAAUGUGAAAAAUCUGGCCGAUCUGACGGUGUUGAAUCUACAAGAUAACGCACUAACCAGCCUGCCGGACGGCAUCGGUUGUCUUACCAAACUAACCAAGCUAAACAUUAGCCGUAACAAGCUAACCGAGCUACCGGAGAGUUUCUUCGAGUUGAAGGAGCUGAUCAAUCUUAACCUUUCCCACAAUGACUUUUCUGAAAUUCACAGCAACGUGAGCGACCUGAUCAUGCUGGAAGUGCUGGACAUAUCUUUUAACAGUCUUAAUUCGCUUCCUGGUGGCAUUGGGUUCCUUGUGCGUCUACAGCAGCUAACGCUCAAUAAAAACCGGCUCAUAGAGCUACCGAACGAUAUUGUCAAUUUGAGAAAUCUGCAUAAAAUGGACCUGGCAAAGAAUGAUCUGAAACAACUUCCACCCGUCAUGGGUGAACUGCGAAAAUUGGAAUGUCUGUACGUACAGCACAAUGAUGUCGUGGAGCUGCCGGACUUCACCGGAUGCGACGCUCUGAAAGAGAUUCACAUUUCAAACAACUUUAUCAAAUACAUUCCGGCGGACUUUUGUGAAAACUUGCCACAGUUGAAGGUCCUGGAUCUUCGCGAUAACAAGAUCGAGAAGCUGCCGGACGAGAUUGCCAUGCUUGCCAGCCUGACUCGACUGGAUAUUUCGAAUAAUUCGAUCAGCAGCCUGCCCUCAUGUUUGUCUACGUUGGCACAUUUGGUGAGCUUGCAGGUGGAUGGUAAUCCGAUCAGGUCUAUUCGAAGGGAUAUCAUUCAGUGCGGAACGCAGCGGAUCCUGAAGACGCUUAGGGAAAGAGAUGGACCAGGGAAAGGGGUGGAGAAAGUCAAGGCUCCGUUUGAGGAAAGUACCUUCCCGGAUGUGUACCAAAUGAAGAAGGGAAGAUCGAUGAUUGUUAGCAACAAGAACCUGAUCGAUAUCCCAGAACAAGUUUUCCUGGACGCUACGGAGGCUUCGGUGUAUAAUGUCGAUAUCAGUAAGAAUAAACUGUCAGAAGUUCCAGCAGGACUCACGCACCUGGCCAAUCAGAUGACGGAGCUCAACAUUAGCUUCAACGCUCUCAAAACGAUUCCCACGUUCUUCUCGCAAUUUGAGCGAAUCGGCUAUCUGAACGUUUCCAACAACUUGUUAACCGAUUUGCCGGAAGUCGUUGGUCUCAUGGUAACUUUGCGUGAACUGAACGUGGCCAACAACCAGCUGAAGCGUAUUCCUCCAUGCAUUUACGAGUUGAAAGGGCUGGAAAUCCUGCUAGCUCGAGACAACAAAAUCGAGGAAAUUGACGCCUCCGAAAAUGGAUUGGCUGCACUACCUCGGUUAGCCACGCUGGAUUUAGCCAAUAACAAUGUCAAACAAGUACCUCCGGUUCUUGGGUUGUUGAAAAAUAUUACUACAUUGGAAUUGAUUGGAAACGGCUUCCGGCAGCCCCGCCAUCAGAUCCUGGAAAAAGGAACGGAGUCGAUCAUGGCUUAUCUGAGGGAUCGAAUUCCUAACUAGGAUCAACAGAAAUUACUCGUUGUCCGCACACUUGAGAUUAAGUAGUUUGCAUGCUUUUAGUCACUCGCAAGAGAAAAAAAAACAACUUAUCAAAGAUAUAGGAUUUUAAGAAAUAAACUUUAUUGAUAAAAGCACACCGCUUUAGGGCACGAUUCGUAGCAAAAUUGAAUUGUGAGUCUGAAAUUUACCGUAGUUGAUCUGGGAAACAUAAAGGCGUGGAAGCGUGCCGCUAGUACAA